UCUCGUUGUGACCCCACACUGAAAUGUAUCCGUUUUCCGUCAAUUGAUGUUGUGGUAACGAACGCCACGUUGAAAGCACUCCACACAAGCACUCUGCAGGCUAUCGAUGUUAGACGGCAUCACGGAACAGACGCAACUCAACAAUCCAACACCACCUGACGGUUUACUUGUUAUCACAGCGGUUAGAUUCGAUCACGCGACAUCAAUGGCCAAGGGAGAUACUAAGAGCAAGACUCCGAGUUUAGGGCAGUCGCUGAUUCCUGCAAUCAGCAAAUUGCAGGACAUACUGUCUCGACUUGGAAGUGAUUCCGUGAUCGAUCUCCCUCAGUUGGCAGUGGUAGGAAGUCAGAGCAGCGGGAAAACAAGUGUGCUGGAAGCCCUAGUUGGCCGUGAUUUUCUUCCCAGGGGUUCAGAUAUUUGCACAAGGAGGCCUCUUGUUUUGCAGCUCGUUCAAAUUCCCCUGCCGGAGGAUGAUGAAUUGGAUUAUGAGGAGUGGGGUGAAUUCUCGCAUCUCCCAGGGCAGCGAUUUACUGAUUUUUCGACCAUACGUCACGAAAUUCAGAUUGAAACAGAGAGAGAAGCUGGAGCAAACAAGGGCAUCUCAGAUAAGCAGAUACGAUUAAUUUUUUUUUCUCCAUAUGUCCUGAACAUAAAUUUGGUGGACUUACCUGGCAUAAUGAAAGUUCCAGUUGGUGAUCAACCGAUAGAUAUUGAGUCUCGGACUAGAGCAAUGAUUAUGUCAUACAUAGAGCAUCCUUCAUGUAUUAUUCUAGCAGUUUCUCCUGCUAAUUCUGAUUUGGCGAAUUCUGAUGCACUUCAUAUUGCAAGAGUUGCUGAUGCUGAUGGAUCUCGUACGAUAGGUGUAAUCACAAAGUUGGAUGUUUUGGAUAGGGGAACUGAUGCUUGUAAUUUUCUUCGUGGAAAUGUAAUUCCUCUUCGUCUUGGGUAUAUAGGGGUGGUUAAUCAAAGUGAACAGGACAUGUUUGUAAACCCAAGUAUUAGAGAUGCACUUGCAUAUGAGAAGAAUUUUUUUUAUGAUCAUCCUGUUUACCAUGGUUUAGCCGACCAGUGUGGUAUCCCCCAAUUAGCAAAGAAGCUGAAUCAGAUUUUAGCAAAGCAUGUAAAAUUGAUGUUACCAGAUUUGAGAGCAAAGAUACAUGCUCAGAUGAUAAGUGUGAAAAAAGAGCUUGCUUCCUAUGGGCAAGUUGCAAAAUCUGAUAUUGAUCAGGGAAGUUUAAUACUCAACAUACUAAGAGAAUUCUCAGAUGCGUUUACAUCUAGUAUUGAGGGGAAACAUGAAGAAAUGACUUUUGAGCUGGUUGGCGGAGCACGAAUCCACUAUAUCAUUCAGUCAGUUUUUGUCAAGAGAUUAGAGGAUGUGGAUCCUUGUGAGGACAUUUCUGAUAAGGACAUUCAAACAGCCAUUCAAAAUGCUACAGGUUCCAGAGGUGCUCUCUUUGUGCCCGAGGUUCCCUUUCAAGUUCUACUGAGGAGAAAAAUUGCUCAGCUUUUAGAUCCAAGCUAUCAGUGUGUGCAUAUCAUUUACCAGGAAUUAGUUAAGCUGGCAAAUAAGUGCCAGACUAGGGAUCUGCUUCGGUUACCAGUGCUCCAAAGACACCUCGAAGAAGUUUUAGGCACUUGUUUGCAUAAAGGUUUGACAUCAGCGCUGAGAAUGGUUGAGCAUAUUAUUGAAAUGGAGAUGGACUACAUCAAUACUUCACAUCAUGCAUUUAUUGGUGGGAGUAAGGCAAUGGCAGCCGCAAGACAACAGCAAUGGUCUCCAGUGGCAUCAGUCCCCACACCUAAAACCAAGGAGAAUGCUGAUUUUAAUCAACUGCCAGCAACAGAUAAAGUUCAAAAGUUACCAGCUAUACUUGCAAGAGCCAGUCCAUCUCGGUUUAUCACAAACCAUCAGGUUAGAUGGCACAAUAAAUUUGGAGCUAAUGGGUAUGCAUUUCGGGGAGGUUGGGGCAUAUCUUCCAUAUUCGAGCUUGGGGAGCCUAUAGCAUCUGUUGAUGAUAGGGAGGGAAUUCCAUUAGCUAAUGACGGGGAAGAAAUUCCAUAUGCUAAUGAUUGGGAGGCAAUUUCAUCUGCUAAUGGCCAGGAUUCAAGUCUAUCUACUAAUGAUGAGCAGGCAAUUCCAUUGGCUUCUGGCAGGGAGGGAAUUAUAUCUGCUAAUGAUAAUUCAAGUAUAUUUCCAAAUGGUAAUCAUGCAACCAAUUUUGAGCCAGUAGAUAAUGUGGAACCCAUCCGUGUAUCUUCCAUAAUUCAAUUGAAAGAGCCUCCUGCUGUAUUGAAAUUCACUGAAGCACAUACCGCAAACUUAGCCAUUGGAAUAGCAGUGACUAAAAUACUUCUGAGGUCUUAUUAUGAUAUUGUUAGAAAAAAUAUACAGGACCGUGUACCUAAGGCGAUCAUGCACUUCUUGGUGAACAAUGUCAAGCGUGAAUUGCACUCCGUCCUUAUAAAGGAAUUGUACAGGGAGGAGUUAUUUGCAAAAAUGCUGGAGGAACGAGAUGACAUAGCAGUAAAGAGAAAACAGUUCAAAAACAUUCUUCAAGUACUACAGCAAGCUGUUUGUACAUUGGAUGACUUGUCUCUAGACUGACGCAUGCAAUCAAAAUGAUCGAGUAUUGACUUGACAACACGGGCCUCUGUGAUUAUCAUAGUUUCCUCCAUUCGUUUAUUCAUUGCUGAUUUCAAUCAGAACCAACUUGGAUGGUUGUUUCCGGUUCCAUCACAUUUGGGGUUCACCAAGAAAUAUUUUAUUUCUGCGACUUGUUGCUAUUUGGGAGAUCAACUGUCUCCAUCCAACUUCCUUGUACAGUUUAACGAUGCUCGGCAUAUUCAGGGUGUGUAACAGGUUUAGUGGCUGUCAAUUAAGAAAUAGAUGUAAAGCCCACUCAGCAUUUUCUCUCUUUGGAAGGAUUGUGUCUGCUAUGGCAUAGAGUUUCAGUUGCACGUGGUUUGUGAUGGAGGUUUAGGCCUAUAUCAGAUUCCGGUACAACUGCUUGCAUAAUGAUGUCCAUUGUCAUCUGAGAGAUUGAGCUGCAGGCUAUCAGGUCAUCUAAGUUUUUGUUACAUUCAUUGGAUUAUUGGAUGGCUUCCCAGCAAUUAAGAAAAUCAUGUUUUCUUGAUCUCUUUAGGCUAUAAUCUAGUCAUCCAUUCAAGGAGGAUCAGGGAUCUUCAGUAGGUUUAAUUUCUCUCUAAUAUCUUUCCCCUCACCGAGUAACAGAAAUUCCAUAUUGUAAUAUUCUUUUGCAUGAUUCCUUUUCGAUUUUUGGUUCAUGCUAUUUAUUUAAAAAGAUGAAAGAAUCUGUAUUCACAUGUUUUCACUGAAAAAUUACAUACUCGGCUUUGUCAGCCAUACUGAUUUCCCCAAGAAUAUCUGUAAUAAUGGCUUCUACUGCAUAGAAAGAUGCUGGUUUCUAAGUGUCUAAAAACACUUGUUGCAGUAGCCUCUAAUAAACAAAAGAUAUUUAAAAUCGGUCUUAUAUACCACAAACUGUAGUCAAAUAGAUAUCAGUUGGGACACUGCAUUGUUGAUUUA